AUGAAGCUCAGCAACGAGACGGUCACCAUUGAGCUGAAAAACGGGACUCUUGUUCAUGGCACCAUCACUGGACUCGACAUUCAUAUGAACACACAUCUCAAGACAGUCAAGGUUACAGUGAAGGGCAGGGAUCCUGUCUCCGUAGAUACGAUGAGCGUCAGAGGAAGCACCAUUCGGCACUACAUUCUCCCAGAUGCGCUUCCAUUGGACAAUUUGCUAAUCGACGAUACUCCAAAGAGCGUUUCUAAGCGCAAAGAACCAGUCGCCAUCAGAGGCCGUGGACGAGGCAGAGGCCGUGGGCGGGGUCGCGCAUAA